AAAAAAAAAUAAAAAUAAAAAUAAAUACAUUGUAAGUCUAUUUUUGUGGUGGGAUACUAAUAAUCAUUCAUUAAAAUAAUAAAUAAAAAUAAUAUAAUUCCCUUAACGGAUUAACGGAAUAACGACUUCCGGGAAGGCCAGAGCCACAUCCCUCGCUUCCUAUUUCCCCCAAACAGAGAAUGGUCAGACCAAUGAACCAACCAGACAUGAAUUUCUGCACCGUUUCCGUUUCAAUCGCCACCAACACCACCGCAUCCCUGCUUCCCUCAAACCCUAGUUUCAGAAUCAAAUCCAUGGCGGUGGAAAGGAGUCCGAAAGCCUUCACAUCCGCUACUGAAGCUCGAGUUUCGCUGCUCCAGGCUCUUGCCUUACAGACCUUCUCUCUCUCCCAGCGACGUAAAUUUCUAUUGGAAGUAGGGAGCGAGGCCGCAAAGUAUGUAAUUCCCUCGAGGAGGUUCGAGAGUCGUACUUUGGAGGAAGCUUUGAUGUCGGUUCCCGAUCUCGAGACUCCUAAUUUUAAGGUUUUGCGGCGAAAUGAUCAGUAUGAGAUUAGAGAAGUGGAGCCAUAUGUAAUUGCGGAGACUACAAUGCCUGGAAAUUUUGGGUUUGAUCUGAAUGGAGCGUCUAAAUCCUUCAAUGUGCUGGCUGAGUAUCUUUUUGGUAAGAACACAAGGAAGGAGGCAAUGGAGAUGACUACUCCUGUUUUUACAAAGAAAUCAGUCUCUGAAGGGGAGAAAAUGGAAAUGACAACCCCUGUGAUCACUAAAAAGGUGGCUGAUCAAGACAAGUGGAAGAUGUCUUUUGUUAUGCCCUCAAAGUAUGGAACAGAUUUGCCUUUACCCAAUGAUCCUUCAGUUACCAUUAAAAAGGUGCCAAGGAAAAUUGUUGCGGUUGUUGCGUUUUCAGGGUUUGUCUCUGAUGAUGAAGUUGAGCGUCGUGAAUCCAAACUUCGCGAUGCGCUUAAGAGUGAGACUGAUUAUCGUGUAAAGCAAGAUGCUUCUGUUGAAGUUGCUCAGUACAAUCCACCAUUCACGUUACCAUUUACUCGUCGUAAUGAGAUUGCUCUGGAAGUUGAGAGAGUGAAAGGGUAGACAGUGGAAGUAUUUCUUACAGCCACUAAGACUUUUUCCCUCUGUAAAUCUGUUGCCCUAAUGUACCUACCUUUAGCUAAGGCAGGAAAGCUACAGAAUGUGAUGUAAAUAAGUUUCAGUUUUCUGUAUAUGUUAAAAAGAUCGUCCCAACAAGUGAUUGCCUCACUUGUUAUUCACACUAAACAUAUUAUUUUGAAUCCACUGGACAUUAAACAUGCAAAUUUUAGAUAGAAAAGCAAGAGAAAGACACCUUUAAAGCAUCAGUAUGGUAGCCAUCCUUUCCACAUUUCUUGGACAUAUCUUAUCACCCUGAAGACUGCAACUCAUAUGGCUUUUAACAUUGUUCAUUAUUGGGUUCCUGAAUUGCAUGCGGAGUUUAAAAUUUGUAUUCGAAAAGAGUGAUAGAUAAAUGUUAGGUUCAUCUAAUUCUGAUAAACAACAACCAAUUUGGUGGAGAUUAUAGUUGUUAAUGUAGUACUACUGUAUGUUUCUUUUUGGUAGAUUCGAUAGAAGUGACUUUCCUGUGAGGAACAGAAUCUGGUAACUAUCCUGUAUUAUAGCUUCCUUGCCGCUGCAUAUCACGGAGGCUGAGGUUUACAUUUCUGUGUUAGAUUACAUUGAUUUUGUUCUUUUACAACCAAGGAACGAGCUGCGAUCUAUUUCGUUCCUCAAUUCUUUUUUUUUUUUUUUUACAUGGACUAAUAAUAAUAUUAUAUCAAGAAACCACACAGUUUCCUUCCGGUAUGCUUUCCAGUUCAGGCGUCCACCCGAUAGCUCUGUCUUUAUGAUCACAUCUUAAGUUGUUAUCAAUAUCAUUCAAUUUUGCGCAAGACGGACUCUUAGAAAUCAUAUCAUCAACUGUAACUCCAGUACCUUUCUCUAAUAUGGCCUGCAACUGUUGCUUACUGAUUACGAUCUUAAUCCUCAGAACUCCACUUGCUUCUCCCUUUUCGGCUCCGGCUUCAUCCGGAGUUGGAGUCGCAAACCGAACAGUCUUCUUCUUUCUGGCCUUCGGAGGAGCAACCAGCGGAGGAAGAAGAUAGUAGACACGACCGCCGAUCAUAUCUUCGUCGGGUCUUAGAUGUUGGACGACAGGCAAUGCAUCGCAUAAUGCAUGGCCACUGAAUUUGGAUAGAAUCUGAUGGACUUUCAUUGGAGGUUUGUAUUCGAGCGUUUCUCCAUUUGCUUUUAUGACCUUGAUCACUUUCUGCUGCAGAAUAAUGCAAUUCCCCAUCGAAUUUUUUUUGAAAUGGUGAAAUCAAAUUGAAUUUGUUGUGCAAAUUAGCACUGAUGUAAAAAAGAAUGGUAUACUUCAGUAAAAGGAGUUCUGUUGUUUGGAGCGGAUUUGGUGUUGGGUGUAUUUAUAAGAGCCCUGGUACCAUAAUGGCCUUAAAUUUAGCUGAUAUUACGGGGGAAACCAUAAUGGCACUUUUUUGUUUUUGGUCUCCACUUCGUUGAUAUUUUUUUUUCUCAUUUUUGUUGGGCAACUACGGGAUCAUGACUCACGAGUCACGAGACAUUCAUUUUGGGGGUAACACUGACCUUUUGAAGAUGGAUUGGUCCCUUAAAAGACAUGCUGCCGUCGCUAUCAAGUAUCAUCAACUGGUUAAGUUGUGAUUUGUUGUCUGAGAUUUUCCUAUGGUUAAUGGAGUGAUAUUAUCAUCCCUAGGUAAAAUCCACAUUUAUUCCACAUAAAAUUAGCAUUGUUUUGUGUAAAUCUUUCUCCCUCUUUCGCACAAAAAUAGUUCACAUUGAAUUUUGAGUUUUGUAGUAUAAAUUU